AUGGCUCCAAUGACCCGGAGUCAUGCGCUCAUUCCCCCUCCACAGGGAAGGCAAGCUCUUCCCCAGCAACCUCGCGCUCGCGAUGUUAGUUGGCAAUUCUCAGGGUCUGACACGCGUUCCGAACGAGAGCUCUCUGCAGAACCUCCUUCCUCCUUCAGCGAAGAUGCAGAGAUGGCGCCGAAUGGGUUUCAAGAGGACGAUGAUUUCACCAAGCGACUCCCAGAUCGAAGUGCCGAAGAAACUGAAGCUAUUCUGCACCCGCUCCGCGAGACCGCAAACCGCGUCGGUCGUGAGGUGGAGCGAUUCGCCGAAGUCUUAGACGGAUACAACCCCCAGAGGACUAAUGAUCAGGAUGAGAGACGCGAUAUGAUGGUAGAUCUAAUCGAUCUGUACCUAGAAAUUGCCAUGGAAACCGUCGAAAAGCUACGGAAAUUACAUGCACUUGAACGACGAAAGAAGAAUGGUAUUAGAUGGAGGAGGAAAAUGCGAGGCUUCGAGGUAUCUCUAGGCGAUGAUGAGGAUAUAGAAAUCGAGGAUUCAGAAGAAAAGGAGUUGCCCUCUGCAGACCGACAAACGACGCUUGAGGAUCUAGAACGAUGGGAACAAGAAGCCCAGACAUGGGAUUUGUUACGGCGCCUAGUUCACCUUCGAUUCCCUGUUCCAGGCAAAUCAGGCCAAUCUCUACGGAGAUACGCUGCUAUCAACCAGUAUUCUUCCGAGUAUGAGCUGUGGGAGGAUUUUCUGGCGAAGGAUAACCUUGCUCUUGAAAGAAAGACGGUGCUGCAGUGGUUGAAGGAAACAGCAGACGAGUCGGGCGAGGAGAUCGAUAUCCUUGUGCAAGACCUCCAACAGAAUGCCGAUCGCGGAGAUAUCAUUGCAGCUGGUUGGAUUCAUACCAAGCACGCCAUCAAAGGCUCGAAGUUGAACAUAGCGCAGCAUGCCAGCCAAAUCGAACCUUUGAUCACACAACUUGAUCCUGAUGCAAUGACUCGACAGAAGCGAACAUUGCAGGAACAAGACCAGUUUUUUGAGCGCGCCAUUUGGUUAGGAUGCUAUGAGAUGCUUCGGCGAGGGAAAUCCUCCGCUGAGAUUAGAGAGUGGUGCACGGAACGCACGGAGGUAUGGAGAGCUGUCAGCAUGAGUGGUAGCCUCGAUGAGAGAUCAGAAGAGGAUUUCGAAUCUGGUGAUCCCGAAUCCAGUGCUCUCUGGCGACGGAUGUGCUUUGCUCUCGCUCGCAGGGGCGGAGGCGAUGAUUAUGAACGCGCUGUAUAUGGUGUUCUGAGUGGUGACAUCCAGAGUGUGGAGGUCGUUUGUCGAUCCUGGGACGACUUCGUGUUCGCCAACUACAACGCGCUAUUAAAGAAUCAAUACGACAACUAUCUUCGGACUGCCUUGGGAGCCCGCCCGAUUUCCCUUGCCACGCUGAAUCUCGAAUCAUUCGAUGCCGUCCAAUUUCAUGGCGAUCCUCAGGCAGCAGGUCGAAAGCUCAUCGAUACUUUGAAAACCAACCCGAAGACGGCUCCAGAGACAUUGCAGCCCAUGAAGAUGCUUCAAGGAGUCCUUGUCGCAGAUCAGUUCGCGCACUUCAUUUACCAGCAAGGCUUGGCUCUCUCCCAUUUUGCAAAUGCCAACGGACAUUCAAAUCUUAUUCCACCCAAGGACGAGAAACCGGAGAAUGAGGAAUUCACCAAGUAUGUCACUAUGGAUGAUCACGAUAGCUUGAGAGUCCUCACCCACGUUCUCCUGAUUUUUAUGGGUCUAGGGCUUGACCUUGGUGGUAUACUUCGAGUAACAGAAGUGGAGAACGUCAUUGUCGCUUACAUCAGUUUUCUCCGACUUGCUGGGAAAGAAGAGCUGAUUCCUCUUUAUUGCUCGCAACUUACUGGGAAACGGAAGUAUGCAAUACUAUGUCGAAACUUGAUUGACAUCACAGACAACGACCAGCGGAUUACCCAGAUCAGAUUAAUGAGAGAAUUUGGGCUCGAUGUACAAGAAUUUGUUGGUUUGCAGGCACGAUUUCUGCUUGGGGAUUUCCCUGAUACGGUACCUUCCUACCCUGCCUCAGAAAAUUUCAAGCUCUUCGAUGAUGCUGAUCCGUCCGUCGCGCAAAAUCCUCUGACAAGCAGGCGACCUCGGAGCGAUUUCAUUGGAGGUGACAAUGACAACGUAUCAAGGACCGAUAUGCUUCUCAUCCGAAGCAUGGAAUGGUAUCUGCUUGUGGAUGGAAUGUGGAGCGAAAUAUUUACCGUUGGCACUAUGCUUUAUCUCCGUUUUUUCAAAAAUAUGAACCUCAGCGCAGCUCGAGAACUGGCCAUCAAAGCUAGGAGUUCGGAAAUUGCGAAAAGCAAAACGCCAGCGCUCCUAGGCAAAAGCUUGGACUUCGCAGAACUCAGCAAUGACAGAGAAGAAGAUCUGACUGAGGUGCUAGAUGGUUCGGCAGAUGAGAAGAGACUUCUGAAGCUGCAUUUACUAGCCGAAGCAAAGACAUACCGGGAGCUUGAGGCUCUCAUCGAAUGCUUGGACAAUGUUGAAACCUGUUCCUCCCUGGCAACCCUAUUGGUUGAGGAUCGGACGGCGGCAGCGCAGCAACAAUGGCGAAAGGGUCUCUCACAGUCGUACGGGCCGAUGCGGGCUUGCAUAGAGCCUCUCCUUAAAGGGUGGCUUCUGACAUGCCAGAAUGAUGGCGCCGAAGCCGAACUCAAGCAACUCAGAAAAGCAUAUCUACCAGAAACGAUACUCGCUUACAUUGCCCUGUUACAGUUCGGAGGUUCUGCGCUGACUCGAGACCUUCUCAUGGAGUGCAUGGAAUUAUCUGCUGUGAUAGCGGGAGAGGAUUCGGACGUGCUCGAGGUCUUCAUGAGGACAGGUCGGGUGAAGGAGCUGGUUGAGGCGUUCGCUUUGGCCAGCAAAGAGUUACUUGUUCUCACAGCGCAAAAGGCAGCUCCAGGUACGAGAAGUAAAAAGCUUAGGAGGAAGGGAUGGACACCUGAACUUUGGAACGUGAAAUCGUAA